CGGUACACGCCGGUGCUCAACCGCACAUACACACGCACACACGCAGACACACCGGACGUUAAAGUUGAAGAGCCGGGGGGGAAAACAUCGACGUUUCUGGUGGAGUGGUGUUGAGGCGCUCACUGAACAGGACAGCAGACAUCAUGGUGAACAUCCCAGAAUACUAUGCAGGGAAAAAUGUGCUGAUCACCGGAGCGACGGGCUUCAUGGGCAAGGUGCUGCUGGAGAAGCUGCUGAGGUCAUGCCCAGGAGUCAAAGUUGUGUAUGUGAUGGUCAGGCCAAAAGCUGGCCAGAGCCCCCAGGCCCGCCUCGCCGACAUUAUCAACUGCAAGUUGUUUGAAAGACUGCAAGAUGAGCAGCCGGACUUUGCAGGGAAGAUCAUCGCAGUCAACAGUGACCUCACACUGCCGGAGCUGGAUCUGAGUAAAGAGGAUCAGAGCAUCCUGGCUGAAAACAUUAACAUCAUCUUCCACUGUGCCGCCACCAUCCGCUUUAAUGAGCCACUCAAAGAUGCAAUGCAGCUGAACGUCCUGGCCACCCAGAAGAUGCUGGCGCUGGCCCACAGGAUGAAGCACCUGGAGAUCUUCAUCCACAUCUCCACAGCCUACGCCAACUGUGACCGAGAGCUCAUCGAAGAAGUCGUCUACCCUCCCCCCAUAGAUUACCGCAGACUCAUCGAUACUCUGGAUUGGAUGGAUGAUGAGCUGGUAUCUGCACUAACUCCCAAGCUGAUUGGACAGCGUCCCAACACCUACACCUACACCAAAGCCUUGGCGGAGUAUCUGGUGCAGCAGGAGGCUGGAGACCUCAACGUAGCAAUUGUCAGACCCUCCAUAGUUGGAGCCAGCUGGAAAGAGCCCUUCCCAGGUUGGAUUGAUAACUUCAAUGGACCAAGUGGAAUAUUCAUUGCAGCUGGUAAAGGGAUCCUGCGUACGAUGAGGGCGUCUAACGAUGCUGUGGCCGACCUGGUGCCUGUAGACGUGGUCAUCAACGCCACGCUGGCUGCAGCUUGGUACUCUGGAUCACAAACAUGCAACAGGCCUAAGAACAUCCUGGUGUACAACUGCACAACCGGUGGGAUCAACCCAUUUCACUGGGGUGAAGUUGAGUACCAUGUAAUAUCCACAUUCAAGAGGAACCCCCUCGAGCAGGCCUUCCGUCGGCCCAAUGUUAAUCUCACAUCCAAUCACCUAAUCAAUCAGUACUGGAUCGCCGUGAGCCACAAGGCUCCGGCCUUCCUCUAUGAUCUGUACCUCAGGCUGAUUGGACGAGAGCCCAGAAUGAUGAAGACGAUCACUCGCCUCCACAAAGCCAUGAUGGUCCUGGAGUAUUUCACCAGUCACUCCUGGGUGUGGAACACUGACAAUGUGGCCAUGCUCAUGGGCCAGAUGAGCCCCGAGGACAAAAAGGUGUUUAAUUUUGACGUGCGCCAGCUGCACUGGGCAGAGUACAUGGAGAAUUACUGUAUGGGCACCAAAAAAUACGUCCUGAAUGAAGAGCUGUCUGGCCUGCCUGCUGCACGCAAACACCUCAACAAGCUGAGGAACAUCCGCUACACCUUCAACACCAUCCUGGUGGUGCUCAUCUGGCGCGUGUUCAUUGCCCGAUCCCAGAUGGCCAGAAACAUCUGGUACUUUGUGGUGAGCCUCUGCUUCAAAUUCCUCUCCUACUUCAGAGCUUCCUCCACCAUGAGAUAAUGAGCCGGGGACACGGUGGCGGAUGGCGAGAUGGAGGGAUGGAGGAAUGAAGAAAACACUGGCUUUGGAUGAUGAAAGGAACCGGAGCUCAAAGUCCUUCAAAAUGGUACCACACUGUCUGCCUUUGGCCCCGUGUUCGCCCUCGCACUCAAAGAUUAAUUGGCAGCGUUAAACAUCGUGGACACUGAGCUACUGGACAAGCCUCUAAAUGUUGCAUAUGUCAGAUCUAUCUAACCCGAUCGCUCGCAUUUCACGCAGAGGGCAUGGAUUUAUCAAGAAGCAGGACCACACGCGCUGGUUCUGUUCAUUUCCAGUCACUCCAGUCCCUCUCUGGUGCCGGCUUUUACUCCGGAGCACUUCCUGUAAACCUGCUCCAUCUUGUCUGUCUGCUCGCCUGGCUGCCUGUCUGCAAAACAAAGCUAUGCACUGGAUGAUGCUCUGCUGCAACAAUCCUUGGCUGGUUUUGAGUCAGUCCAGGCUUCAUGUCCUGUACUGUAGGUCUUUUUCUGUAUAUGGAGUCUUUCAUUAAAAAAUAACCACUUCAGCUGCUGUAUGGGUUACAUCUGUCACGUGAAAACAUAACUCCAGUUUUUUGUUUCCUUUUACAUUUGUUUGUCAUUUUUAUGCUAGUACGCCCUGCGGAAAUGAAAAACCUGUUUAUAAUAAGCAGGGAUUUCUGGGGUUUUCAUUGGACAGCAGAAUUUGCUAAAGCAAAGCAUGAACUAUACUCAGCUUCUGGGGCAUUGUGGCUGGUUUUUCACAUUUGGUUGGAGGCAGAUGAAGAAUGAUUCUGGUCUAGGGAUCAUUGUUUAAACUCUGUCUCUCUCUUCAAACCCCAUCUCCAAGACCAAAGCCAUUUCAACCAACGUUUAUGACAGCUGCUCUGAUCAGCUUGGUGUAAAGAGAAAAGUUGAUGUUGUCAGAGUUUGGGAGCUCGCUCAUACCGACCCUUCUCUCAUCAAGUGUUGUCAUUGGCCUUCUUUCCCUCUUCUCGCUUGACAGAGACGCUCCCUACGACAAUACUGCGCUCCUGUGUGUCUCUAGUGGACUGCAGGGGCCGGUUCCCUAAUUUUCCACCAAGCACAAUGUAGAUUGUAAUACGACGGCUUUAGCCAGUGCCUCCCAGAUUCUUCUUGCAUCAGCAGGUCUUGCAAAUCAAGCUGCUUCUUCUACAGGUUCCUUUUUGUUGUUGUUGUUGUUGUUGUUGUCAUGUCUGAACGUCAUUUGUGACAAUCGUAAAGCGAUUUUUGCCAAAAUACCUCUUAGCUUACAGACUCGUAGCUCAGUAGAGGAUGAGAUGGGUGGAGUUGAGAGGAGAAAUAUUGUCACGUUUGGCUUCUUUUUCUCCUGUAUGCCUAAAAAUUUACUUUUUUUUUUUUUUUCUCAUUACUAGUUAACAUCUUGACUCACACUAAGAAUUUGAUAAAGCUACCUGAACAGUAGAGUAAUGAACCGUAGCUCAGCAUCUUUGUGAAAAGUUUUGUUACCUUGGUCAUUUUCUUUUCAUUUUACUGGUUCAUUUUCAUGCUAGUCAGUUCUGUAAAGGUAUGCAGGAUUUAUCAUUUGUGCUCAUUCUGUUACAAACUUCAUUCAGUUGCCUUCAUUAUUCUUCUCGCUAAAAAAAAAAGAUAUUUGCCUUUUCAGACCACAAACGUUGGCUGGUUACAGAACUGGUAACAUGAGCUAAAGUCCUCACAUCAUACAUCUGUGAAUCGUCUCUCAAUGCCAUAUUAAGUCUUCAGUUUUCCCAGAAAGUGUCUGAAGAAGCAGGCUGUGGCCGUGCGCUGGUCUUUGGUUGUGCUUGCAUGUGUCUUCUCAGCGUGUCUUGGGCUAUAGCAACUUUUCAACACCUCCGUUUUGCCCUAUGAAUGUGGCUUUCACUCUCACAGCAUGAGCUGUUUUUUUACAUGGGAUCAUGUUACCGGGGGGAGGGGGGGGGAUACACAAAGAUGUGUGCAAGUGAGAACUGUGCCUGAACUUUUUGUCAAUAUUCUAACAAUGUGAAAAGAGAGCAAUCAGAUAUGUUUUCUAAUUAUUUUGUGUACAGCUCUAUUUAGGUAGACUUCAAAGUAUAACGAUGUAUUUUUGUGCUGAUGACAUUGCGUGGCUAAUUUAAUGAUACAAAGCUUACUGAAGCAACUUCAGCUGCUGUAAAUAAAACUUAAAAAAAGAAGAAAAAAAGGUGAAUAUGUAAAGAUAAGUACAGUAUGUUCAGAGCGGAGUUCAACUGUUAUGAGUUGUUUGUUGCUGUAUAUGUACAUGUACCUUCUUUUUUUUUUUUUUCUCUGAAUGUAGGAGAAUGACACGGCCUGACGUUUUGUUGCACAGCCAGAAUCUUCCUCUGACUCCUCAAAUGACAAACUAACAAUAUUAUAAUUGCCUGUACUAAGUGUUUGUUCCCUGGAGGGCUGUGUGACGAAUUCUUGCUGUUGUAACUCCAUUCCCUUGUGACGGUGUGAGUGUGUAGCUCAGUUUUGUGGUGGUGAAUGGUUGUGGUCAUGCCCUUGUGUAGUUUGGUUUCGGAGAAGGGGGGAAAAAAAAAAAAAAAAAAAAAAAAGCAAUGGCAUGUCUAAUUCAGGGUUUUCUUUAAGCUUGUUUUUGUGGUUAGAGAAGUGAGACGGAUGAACGGGUCCUUUUCAUGUUCUCGCUUUUGAUGUCAGCAACUACUGAAUCUACCAAUGACUUGCCCAUCAAACAGGGCAUUACACAAAAGUAACAUCAGCAUUAGAAUAAAUCCUAAAUAGUCACAUUGAUCCUUUUUUUUUAUCAAAUUUAAAGCCCCUGAAAACGUGGCUUCAGAUCUUUUAACAUUUAGAUAUUCAUCACUAAACGAGUUAAAGGAUUAGUUUGACAUUUUGGGAAAUUUACUUAUUUGAAUGUUAGAUGAGCAGAUUGAUACAGCUCAUGUCAGUACAGUAAAUAUGAAGCUAUAGCUAGCAGCUGGUUAGCUUAGCAUAAAGACUGGAAUUCAAGGGGUAACGUGGCCUGAUCUUGUUCAAAGGAGACAAAGUGCAGCUUUUUUUGUACAAACUAAAGGAGACAAGAUAUUAGCGAGCUUCAGAAGCGCCGAGUUGGAUUUUGUUACCUUCAUGUACAGAGCUCGGCUAGCUGUUUCCCUCUGUUUCCAGUCUUUGUGCUAAGCUAAGUCUGCAGGCUCCAGUUUCAUAUUUAUGGCACAGACACGAGUAACCAAAUUAAUCUAACUGCUUAUAUACAAGCAUAUUUCCCAGACUGUUAAACUAUUAUUUUAACACUCAAAAACCCAGCUAAUCUGCUUUACUUCUUUUCUUCUUUUUUUUUUUUUUUUUGAAAUCAGGACUCAGUAGGUGUGGUUUGACAAGAUUUUAAUGACACUUACUGGCCUGACCUGUCAUCAAAUUUUGAUCUAGAUGCAUCGAAGUCCUGAUUGGUGGAUAGAAAUCUGUGACAUCACCUUUUUCCAACUAUGUCCUGCCCACUUCAAACCAGUGAGAGCACAAACAGGAAAAACAAAU